AUGACUGACUAUUAUUUUAAUAAUAAUUCAAUGGUGCUCGUUAUUUUUUUACUCCUGCAUAUUCUAGCAACUGUUACAACUGCUGAUUCUCUUCACUAUUUAGAACCUGGCGAUUCUAUUGAAAAUUCAGCGCCUGGUUUACGGAUUUUUUGUCAUAAUGCUAAAUCAAAGUAUUUUAUUCACACUUGGAGAACACUUAUCAUGAAUUUGCACACAGAUUUGGAUACUUACGAUUUAUACGAUGGAAAAACACCAGCAGAAGUCAUUGAAAAGCAUGACAUUAAUCAGAGGUCCUGGAAAUUUAAUUGGUUUGGCACAAAAAAAAGUAAAGAGCUCCGAAUCAAUCCUUUCGAAGACACAUGCAUCGGGGUAUUCACCUAUCCGUAUAAUAAUUAUCGUUACAAAAUGUCUAUGAAGUUAAUAAAAAUUGAUUCGUGGAAAGUAUUAAUGACUAUUGGGGGCACACUCUUGUUUUGGAGUGCAAAAAAAUUAAGUAGAAAUACAUUGUUCUAUUACUUGACUGGAGUUACGCUGGGAGUCAUGUUUUCAGUUUUGAUAUUGGUUUGGUUUGUUGGUAAACUGUUGGGUCGUGGAAAAACAAUGUAUUUGAUGAUUGGAACUGGAUGGGCGAUGAGUUCAUGGCUCGCUCGAGUUCUUUGGGAAAAUGCUCAAAUUAUUUUGAUCCAAUACAGAGAUUAUGUCACUUGGUAUCUUUUGAUAACGUCUUUAAUAAGUUUUCUCAUUUGCUAUCGAAUUGGUCCUGUUACUAAUGACAGAACUAAAAAAAUUAUUCAGUGGUUUUUACAGGCCGCUGGGAUGUUGAUAAUAUAUUGCAGCAGUUAUUUUACUGAAGCAUCAAUAUCAUUUUGUAUAUUACAUUUUUUAAUUUACAAUUUUCCGAUCGUCGUAUACCACAAAAGUAAAAGUUACUGGAAAAGAAUGUUUCCUGAACGACGGAAAUUAUUAACUGAGAACCAAUAUCGGCUCCAAGCAAUCCGAGAAACUAACAAAGCAUUGGAUGAGUUGAAAGGAUACUGCUCGAGUCCUGAAUCAAAUCCUUGGAAGACUGUCUUGCGGUUAAAAGAUCCAAUAAGGUUCGCAAAAUUUAUGGAGGGAGAUUCUCAUUUAUCAGACCACGAGACCUCGGAGCACGAUUUAGAAAUAACGAGAUUAAUUGAAGAGUGUGAAUACACUGAAGAUGAAUAUGAUGAUGAUGAUUACUGA